AUGGCUGUUGUUUCAACCAGACGACCCGAUGAUUGGACGUUAUCCUGGGUUGGCAGUGGGUCCAUAUUUGGGUGGGGGCAUAACCAUAGGGGGCAACUUGGGGGUCCAGAGGGGGCUAAGGUGAAGAUCCCGAUCCCCUGCCCCUCCCUCGCUGCAUUAAAACCCAUACAGUUAGUGGGUGGGGAACAAACCUUGUUCACUGUGACUGGUGAAGGAAAGGUGUUUGCAACAGGCUAUGGUGCUGGGGGAAGACUUGGUAUUGGUAGCAACGAGUCGGUUGCUAUUCCUACUCUAAUUGAAUCUAUACAGCAUGUCCAUAUUACACAGGUAUCAGUGAAUGCUGGAGGCAAACACAUCCUCGCGUUAUCCAACGAAGGGGAGGUGUAUAGUUGGGGGGAGGGGGUGGAUGGGAAACUGGGGCAUGGUAACAGAUCAUCGCUUGACCACCCACGAAUAAUAGAAAGCUUACGAGGUGACCUCAUAGUGAAGGUAGCAACGGGUGGUUCACAUAGCGCUGCUAUCAACGCUACUGGUGGUUUGUAUACAUGGGGUAAAGGAAGGUAUGGGAGGCUGGGGCACGAGGAUAGUGAAGAUCAACUUAAACCUAAACUGGUAAAUGCAUUGAAAGACAAUUUAGUUGUAGACGUUGCAUGCGGCAAUGGUGAUGCACAAACCUUAUGUAUAACUGAGGGUACUGGAGGUUCUAGUGUGGUGUGGUCGUGGGGGGACGGGGAUUAUGGGAAGCUGGGGAGAGGGGGGAGUGACGGAUGCAAAGUACCCGCUAUCAUUGAUACUUUGAUGGGGAAACACAUCACACAUGUUGCUUGUGGAAGUCAGUUCUCGCUUGCUUUAUCUAAGGCUGGUGGUGUUUAUACUUGGGGCAAAGGGGAUUACUACAGACUUGGCCACGGUAGCGACGAACACGUACGUCGACCCAAACUUAUUGAAUCCCUUCGUGGUAUGAAGGUGGUGGAAGUAUCUGUUGGUUCGUUGCAUUGCAUCGCGGCUGUCGAUAAUGGAGAUGUCUAUACGUGGGGGGAUAAUGAUGAGGGACAGAUAGGAGAUGGGACAACACAAGCCACUCAAAUCCCACGUUUAGUAGCUGCACUACAAGGCCAUCAUAUAUCCCAUGUGUCGUGUGGUUCCGCACACACUGUCGCGUGGUCCCUACCCUCGGAGUCGCACAACAUGCACAAGAGGCGCCGAACCGGAGCCAAGUUGCCCGACCAGAUCCCACUUGAAUACAAUCUACUACAGAACAUUCCAUUCACUGUAUUAAGGAACAGACUUAUUGUGUUGACCCAAUUCUCGGAUUUGCUCUGCCCGGUCAUUCCAUUCUUGCCACUUCACAAUGCUCCUUGUGACAUCACAGACAGUGUUGACACGCCCAUUCCCAUCGACCAAUUACGUAGCUUGCUUGUAUCUUCCGGUAAAGAACUCGUUUUCAAGAAAGUCGUCCAAGCUUCGAUGGUCCGCGACAAACAACAUGGACCAAUCAUAGAGCUUAACCGGAUACAGGUGAAGAGACACCGUGAAAAAAGUGGGUUGGCCGGUCCUGAUGGUUCACGAUCAGUGUUCGGGCAAGCCUUCCAAAAGAUGGAUUGCUUGUUGCCUGAUAGUGUGUUGUUGCCUCAUCGGAUAUGGAAGGUUAAGUUUCUAGGUGAAUCAGUAGACGACUGUGGUGGUGGCUACAGCGAAUCGAUCACCGAAAUCUGUGACGAACUACAAAACGGAUCGGUUCCCUUGCUCUCUGGCACCCCUAAUGGCCGGGAUGAGUCUGGGGCGAACCGGGAUUGCUUCAUCCUCAAUUCAACCACAUCCAGUGAGACGCAUAUCAAGAUGUUUAAGUUCCUAGGGAUCCUGAUUGGUAUUGCCAUGAGAACUGGUAGUCCACUAAGCAUCAACAUGGCUGAACCAGUGUGGAAACAACUGGCUGGCAUCAAACCUUGCUUGAAGGAUAUAUCAGAGAUUGAUAAGCAUUUUGUGCCAAAGUCGGUUUUCAUCCGAGAUUGCGAAGCCGAUGAGUUGGAAUCGAUGCAAAUACAGUUUGCUACUCAUUCUGCUUGUGGGGAGGAAAUACCACUGGGAAGCACCCACCAAGUGGUGACCGCUCAAAAUCGCAACGAAUACAUCAGGCUUGCAAUACAAUACAGAUUGCAUGAGUUUGACCAGAUGGUGGCAGCAGUGAGGGAAGGAAUGUCGUUCGUGAUUCCCGUGCCUUUGUUAUCCCUGUUUACCGCAAGUGAAUUGGAAACCACGGUAUGUGGAAGUCCAGACAUUCCCCUUCACUUGCUCAAGUCAGUCUCCACAUGCAAAGGUAUCUCCCCUAAUGAUGAACUCAUCCGAUGGUUUUGGGAAACGCUUGAAUCUUUCUCGGACGAGCAACGUUCACUGUUCCUUAGGUUUGUGUGGGGGAGGACACGACUCCCGAGGUCAAUCGCUGAUUUCAGGGGAAGAGACUUUGUCAUACAAGUUCCUGACAAGUACCACCCACCAGACCAUUACCUCCCAGAGUCCUACACAUGUUUCUUUAUGUUGAAGCUACCAAGAUACAGUUGCAAGCCUGUAUUGGAAGAGAAGUUAAAAUACGCGAUCCACUUCUGCAAGUCAAUUGACACAGAUGAUUACGCGAGGAUUGAUUUGCUUGACUUUGAUGUCAUGGAUGAAGUGUCGGCUGAUGUUCUUACCACGCGUGCCGCACGUGCUGCACAACAGCGCCGAAGUGUCAUCGAAUCAAGAUUCGGAUUCGAUUUCUCAAGUUCGGAUGAAUCGUUUAACCCAGAUGAAGGUUUCUUCAGGUUGUCAACAUCCAGUGAAACAGAGAGAGAUUGGGAAAUGCUGGUGUAAAAUAUAAAUAUAGUAGGGUGGGGGUAGAUAGGACAAUUAUUAUAUCCUUAUUGUAUACCAGUGUUAAUUGUUUUAAACACGAUCAGGUUAUUUGGAUAUUAUGUGCUAAAGGUGUCCUAUCUUUCCCCACCCUACCAUACAUUUCAAGGCCUACUAUAUCUCCUUUCAACAAUAUUUAUUUUAUUUCUUAUUCCUUUUGUACCAAUAAUUGGACAAUAUGUUAUUUACUUCUCUUUCUUUGUUUUGAAAGUGAGGAAUUAGACAAAAAUGUUUUGCAACUGUAUUGCUUAUUUUAACCAAUGUGCUGAAUUCAAAUUGCCUGUUUUGUGAAGUUUUUGAAACCAGAAAUGUUGUGUCUCGUAGUAUAUUUAACUGUGAGAUUUGGAUAAACACAUGAAUAAAUAAUAUGUGGAAUUCA